UUUUCGAUAAAUAAUAGUAUUUGAUUUAUUUAUUUUCUCUGACGAUGUUUCUAUAGAGAUUUGCGUCUGUGUUGAAUUGUAAAAUAGUCAUAGGUCUUUUAUACUCUCUCUCUCUGGGUCUAGUCGGUCUAUAUCACUGUUUCUGCAAAAUCGAUAAUAACUCAAAUCGAUCUUUUUUGUCAGUAUUUAGAGAGAAAAAAAUCGUGACCAUAGAUUCCUAAUCCUCUCUGAAUCUCUUUUUUGGGGUUUCGUUUCUUUGCUGUGAUAUCUAUAUCUAUUGGUAUCUGAUACAAAUUUUUUCUCUUUUUGGUUCUUUUUUGGGCUAUUCUCUCUUUGUUAGAACGAAGAGAGGUUGGGUUCGGUGUUGCGAGGAGGAAAAGUGCAAGGCGCGGAGGUUGUGGUAGCGGAUUUAUGUCGGCUGAGUUUGAUUUGGUUUCGAUUGGGGCUCUGUUGCAGCUCUGGAUUUUCACUAUUGCUACCUUCGAAUCUGUGUGUUGUUUUACUCUCUGCUGUUUAAGGCAGAGGUUGAAUCUUGUGCUCUCGUCUGUUUCGAUGCGUUUGAGGCUAAAAAGGACUUGUUCUGGAGUAGAGUGUUUUGCGCCUUUUCAUAUAAAAAGAUUUUCUUUUCUUUUCUUGUUCCUGAGAGGGGGUCUCACUUGAUACCAUCAGUGUGAUUCUGAGAUUUUUGAGAGAGAAGAGAGCCUUUUAUUUAUUUUUAUUUUUUCAGUUUUGUCUGCUAUUUUUUUUUUUAAUUUUUUUUUCUUCAAAAAGUUUCUGGGUAUUUUGAGGGGUUUUGGAGAGAUUUUGUUCAGAAAGAAAAAUAAAAUGCCAGAGCCUCGGAAACAACCUGCGAAGUCUAAGAAAACCACAGCAACAAUUCCCUCUGGAGAAUCAUCGAUUACGAAGAUGAGGAAAGUCCGUGUGAUCUGUUCAGAUCCUUAUGCUACUGACUCAUCUUCAAGCGAGGAUGAGUGUGAGAAUAGGAGGGCUAAGAAAUGCAAAAAAUUCAUCCGUGAAAUUAAUCUCCCCCUUGUUUUGCAACAACAAUCGAAGCCUUCUUCUCUUGAGUCAGAGAGCUCUUGUCAGGACAGUAACAACAACAAUGGUACCAAAACCCCCAAUAUUGUUGAAGCCAGACAGAAGAAAAGGGUUUUGGCUAAAACCCCAUCUAGAAGACCCUCUUCUUCGAAGUAUAGAGGAGUUAGGCAAAGGAAAUGGGGGAAAUGGGCUGCUGAGAUUCGAGACCCAUUCAAAGGAGCUAGGAUUUGGUUGGGGACUUACAAUACUCCAGAGGAGGCGUCUGAAGCUUAUGAGCGAAAGAGACUCGAGUUUGAAGCUGCUAUGGCCAUGUCUAGUGCGACUCCUGCUGUUACGGCUUAUGCUUCCUCUGAAAAGAGCAAUAAUGCGUCGGCGUCUUCGGCUGUGGUAUCUCCAUCACAGAAUAACCAGCAACCUGUGUCUUCUGAGGAUUCUGAGGGUGUGUUGUCGCAUACAUCUCCAGCUUCUGUCCUCGAAUUGGAGACCUCUGCGUCCAACACCAAAGGGAAUGCAACUGACUUGAUCACUGAUGAGUGUGUUGAGGUCACUAAUGCCGAGAUUAGUUUGGCGGAGCUUCAGAUACCUGACGAUUUGGGUCUAAUGGACGAGACAUUUGCUGAUGUUCCAUUUGAGCAAGAGCUCAAUUUUGAGCCUGAGUCUGAGUUUGAUCCUCUCUGCUUUGAUAAUAUUGGGCAGUUUUUCGAUGGUUACAGCGGCUUGGAGGACAUUGAGAUUUGUGGGUUUGACAAUGAUGGCCCUAGCGAGCUUCCGGACUGGGAUUUUGCUGAUAUUGGCAACGACAUUGCUUCUUGGAUGGACGAACCCCUCAAUAUACCCUGCCAAUAAGUUUUGCAGCUUAGGAUCAAUUAGUUAUUGUUAUUAUUAUAAGUUUUAUUUAUAGUCUUAAGAAGGUUGAACUUGAAAUUCUUAGGAACCACAAUAUGUUCCUGAGAGAGUGGUUUUGUGAGUUUAAUUUAUUUAUUUAGGAGUAAUGUUACAAAGAGAUGGAGAGGGAUGAGCCAUGAUUGUAGUGAGAGAUUUACCUUGGGUUUUCCUGUGCUAUAAGAGCCGUCCAAGGCCUUCUCAGAGAGUGUUUCUCAAAGUUUUGCUCAUUUCCUCGCAUCUCUUUUUAUUAUAUUUAUCAGGUAUGAAAUGAUAUGGAUUUUCUGUGAUUUGCAA